AUGAGUAUCUAUUUUUCUACAUUAUUUGUCAUACUGACAGUCGAGAUGGCGAUCCUGUUUGUGCUAGUGUUGCCACUGCCUCACAGGAUCAGAAAGAUGUUGUACAAGACUUACUUCCAGCUGACCUCAAAUGCGCAGUUCAAGACUGUUCUAUAUAUCUUUGCCGGUAUCAUUGGGCUAUUAUUCAUUGACUCCUGGAAAAGAGCUAACAUUCCAGUUACGUUGUACCACCACGCCAAGAGUGACGAUGCUGAGUUGAAUACAUCCACACAAGUACUUGCAACAAGGGCUUUUAACCAGAGAAACGUUUACAUAUCAGGAUUCAUCCUAUAUUUCUUAAUUGGCAUUCCUACUGUGCUAAGUAUCGUUAGAAGAUUGGUCAAAUACCAGGACCACUUAAAUGACAAGGCUAAAGAGGAAGGUAAGAAAGGUGAAACAAAAACUGUUAAGGACGUUAAGAAGGGUAAGAGCGACAAAGUGGAACCAUCCAUUAGAGAAUUGGAAGAGACUUUGCAUGAAAAGACCGUUUCUUUAGAAGGUUUGCAAACUCAAGUGGAAAACUUGGAAAAGUAUUACGAUGAGAUGAACAAGCCAUUACCAAGCAAAGAAGUACCAGAGUCGGAGAAGAAAGUACAGUAA